AUGGUUGCGUUGGCGUGGCUACAAAGCAAUCCAAGUCGCUGGGCUGUGUUUGCUGCGAAUCGCGUCGCCGAUGUACAGGAAGUUUUACCGGCAUCACAUUGGAGGCACGUCGCCUCAGAGCACAAUCCCGCUGAUUGCGCAUCGAGGGGUAUUACACCAUCGCAGCUUCUUCUGCAUCCCUUGUGGUGGCAUGGGCCACCUUGGCUACGGGAGGUCAACAGUCGUUGGCUGAUAUCCGCACAAAAACACACCACGGAGCUCGAGUUAAAAUCAAAGAAGACCGUUGCGCAUCUAACACAAACCGCUGACGAAUGGGAUCUGUUGACCAAAUAUCAUUCAUUUAACAAACUUAAACGUAUAACCGCAUAUCUAUUGCGCUUCGCCAACAACGCACGCAGCACCGCUUCACAGUCUGGUGCAGGCGCACUAAACACGGGCUGUUUAACUUGCGCCGAAAUACGAAGUGCCGAAGUAGCAUUGGUUAAACAAACCUGUACCGAUGCGAAGCAGCCUAGCACGAUUGCAACCGUUUCUAGACUCAAAGGAUAUUCUACGUGUAGGGGGCCGCAUCAAAAACGCCGUGCUUCAGACGAUGUCAAGCAUCCUAUAAUAUUGCCGAAGAAUUUGCCGCUCACUAAGGUAAUUGCUGCUGAGAUACACAUCACAACAUUGCACGCUGGACCGCAAUUUAUGCAGACCGUACUUCAACGACGAUUUUGGGUAGCCGGUAUUCGAAACCUUGUUCGUGGGGUAUAUCGCCGUUGUACACGUUGCAGACGACUCAGCUGCAAGCCAAUACAACAACUCACGUCUGAUUUACCCGCGAGUCGCGUCACCUCUACGCGUUGUUUCCUGCACAGUGCGGUCGAUUUCGCCGGUCCUUACGCCUUGAAAUUUACGCAUGGAAGAGGCGCUAAAUUUACGAAGGCGUACAUCUGCUCAUUUAUAUGUAUGAGUACUGGUGCAAUGCAUCUCGAGGUGGCUGGAGACCUCUCCUCAAUCACCUUUAUUGCCGCUUUUAAGCGUUUUACCAACAGAAGAGGCUACGGUCAGCAUAUUUACUCCGACAACGGCACUAACUUCGUGGGUGCUGAGAAGGAGCUGCGGAUCGCAUACGAACGCUGCAUCAAUGACGACAAGGUGUCAUCAUAUUUCGCCGACGCUCAAACGACCUGGCAUUUCAACCCCCCGAGCGCCCCACACAUGGGUGGCUGGUAUAAAACGCGUUAA